CUUUGCUCUUUUUUCUUAACCGCUCCACUCUUCUUCUCUUCCUCUUCCACCCUUUCCCUUCCCCUCAGGCCUCAUUCAAAUCCCAGAAAAACGUAUACUUUCUCCAUCUCUGUCUCCCUCUCUCACAGAAUGAGAUAUGCAUCAUCAUCAGAAGCCAAAUCCCAAUUGGUAUCAGAGAUUUGCUCUCUGUCGACUCUCACCAUUGCCUGCAUCCACAGAGACCUCCCCUGCCUCUCUUCCCCUGCUUCCCCUCACUCACAUUUCAUCGACUGGUAUCGCCUUCUCGGUGUAGAAGAAAAUGCAGAUUUCGAGGAUAUUAAAAAGCGGUACCAUCGCCUUGCCUUACAGCUUCAUCCUGACAAGAAUGAUCACCCGAAAGCUGAGAUCGCAUUCAAACUCGUCCUCCAGGGGUACUCUGUUCUAUCAGACAGUGUGAAGAGGAGAGAGUUUGAUGGUGAGAGAAGGAAAUGCUUCUGCGUUGUGUGCAACAGAAUACCAUAUUCAGCACCAAAGGUGAAGGUAUCCAUCCACGAGAGUCGUUCGAGGGCUUACCGAAUUCGGCAGGCUUUGAAAGACAUAAGGGAGAGGUUCAAGGAAGAAGCUAGAGUGAUGGAGAAUUGUUUGAAGGUUAAUGCUUCUUUAUCUUCAAGAAGGGACGAAGUCCCGGUUUUCAUGCCAACUUCUUCGCCGAACCAGUUGUUGUUCCGAUGCAGAUCGAGGAGAGAAUCGCCGGUAUUCGAUCCAUGUGACUAUGGAUCUGAAGGGUAUCCUCAUUUUAGGGAGAGGAAGAGCUAUAGUAAGAAGCCUGAGAGUUUCUGGAACAUGCAGAGGAGACAGAGUUUUAGUAAUAAUGGGCAGGGGUCAAGAAAGUUUGAGUUUCCUGUGUUUGAGAACAGGCUAGAUAGAGGGAUGAUGAAAAGCAAACCUGCUUGCGUUCAUUCAUAACUCAACUAUUCUUUUCCAUAAAUGAUAGAAAUUCAGCAUUCUUUUAACAAUUAAUUUUGUCACAUUUUCAUGUAACCCAGAGACCAUGAUCUAACAACAGAU